AUGGUUUCCAAACUGAUCGAUGUUAUCAAAAAGAAAGUGGGAAAAAGUACAGUAAACGUGAAGCCUUUUCAAGUGAAAAAUCAUAUGUGGGUAUUUGUAAACUGUUUGAUUGAAAAUCCUACUUUCGACUCGCAAACAAAGGAAACAAUGACGCUCCAGGCAAAAUCAUUUGGAUCAAAAUGCGAACUCAGUGAGAAGUUUACCAAACAAGCGAUCAACUGCGGUAUCGUAGAUGCUGUGCUAGCCUGGGUUAGGUUCAAACAACAAGAAGACAUGAACAAGAAAUGCAGUAGCAAGAAAACCACUAAGCUGAAGGGGAUUCCUAAGCUUGAAGACGCAAAUGAUGCUGGUACGAGGAACUCGCAGCUUUGCACGCUGAUCCUCACCGAGGGAGAUUCAGCCAAAACAUUGGCUGUUUCUGGUCUAGGUGUGGUUGGCAGAGACCGCUAUGGAGUGUUUCCGCUUCGUGGUAAACUGCUGAACGUUCGUGAAGGAAGUAUCAAACAGGUAGCUGAGAACGUUGAGGUCAAUGCUUUGAUCAAGAUCCUGGGUCUACAGUACAAGAAGAAAUAUGAGACUGAAGAGGAUUUCAAAUCACUCCGAUAUGGAAAGGUCAUGGUGAUGGCUGAUCAGAGGUGGAUGAAAGAGCAUAUGCUAGGUUGCAUGGUGCCGCCUAAGUUAUGCUGA